UUUAUAACAGUGGUUUUCAAAAGAGAAAUAUAUAUAGAGACAUAACUCACUAGAAACUUCAACGAUCUAAUAGUCUAUAUACAAUCACAAGGCAUAGAUAGCUAUAUAUUAUUACUAUAUCAAUUUCAAGUUCUCUAGCUAUUCUACCCAGUGUACGAAGGGUAAUAUAGUCAAUAAACUCAACAACAAUGCCUUCUGGUCCAAAGAAGAGGAGAGCUGCAAGGAGGAAGCGUGGCUCCAAUGCGAAUCAUACAGAAGAUGAAGUGGAAGAUGCUGUUGAGGUUUUUCAGACCCUAAGCAAUGGUGACAUGAAGGCUGAGUCUCAUGAGCAUGUAGAAAAAAGUAAAGAUGUUCCAGUUGUGGAGGAAUGUGAUUCUGUUGGAAGCAAUGGGAAACAAGAAUCUGUUCAUGAUGAAAAAAUCAUUACGCAUGCAACAGUUAUGGUGGAAUCAUCUGACUCUGUUGGAAACAAAGAAAAGGAAUCAGAAUCUGAAGCUGUUGAUCAAAUUCUGAUUCAACCAAUCUCAAAAGAAAUCAAAGGAAAUGAAGAUGAUGAAGUUGAUGAUGGUUUUUCAGUUGUGAAGGAGAGUGAAAAGAACUCCAAAGAAGUUGUUCUUCAAGAUCCAUUCGAAGAGCCACGAGUUGACACAGUUGACCAGGUGGUUCAGAAGGAGUUGCCUUUGCAAGAAGCUCAAGAUCUUUCUGUUCCAAUCGAGUCAGUUUCUGAAGUGAAUGUAGAGACAUUCACAGAAGAUGCUCAAGAUUCUCUCAAAGAACUUUCAGUUGUCCAUGAAAAUGAAGGUGUUGAAGUUGGUGAAAGUGAAUUAGUUAAAGAUGUGUCAGUUGUGAAGAACGAGGGUGAAGAUCAAGAUCCCUCUGAAGAGACAAAAGAAAGUUCUUCAAGAGAAUUUGAUCAGUCGAUUCUGAAGAACAUACAUAUUAAAGAGGCUGAUCAGAUCCCUACAGAAUCAGCUGAGUCAGUUAUUGAAGUGGAUGUAGACGCAAUAUCAUUUGAAGAUGCUGAAGAUUCAUUCAAAACACCACUCGGAAGCCCUUCUAUUGGAUAUAUGUCUCAGGUGAUCAGAUCUUUGAAUAAAUUAGCACAAAAUCCUUAUUUAGCAGCUGAUUCUGUAGAUGAAGUUAAUGUACAAAAAUCCUUAAAAGAGGAUCAAGAUUCUAUCACAGAGCCACAUGGAGUCUCUUCUCUUGUUGAUGUAUCUCCUGUUGAAGAAAUUGUUCAAGGAAUUGAAGUUGCUGAAGGUGGUGAAAGUGCAUCUCAUGUUGAGCCAGUUUUGAAGGUGGAAGAAGAAAUAUCCAAGGAAAGUGUUCUUGAAGAAGAGGUAAUAACUGAAGGUUUUUCACAAGAACUAGUUAAGCCAGUUGAUGAGUUGCUAAUGGAGGCCAUACCUUUGGAAAAGGCUCAAGAUCCAAUUAAAUAUUCUUUGGAAGAAGUUGUUAAAGGAAACGUAUGUGGUGUGGGUGAAUGUACAUGUGAUUAUCCACUGAUUAAUUAUGUUGUGUCAGAGGAUAAGAAGAUGUCAUUCAGAGGUGUUUCAAAAAAACGUUCUAAAAAGCCAAAUGGAAAAUUUUCACAUGAUCCAGAAGAAAUGUUUGAUAACAUUGAUAUGUCUCGUGUUGAAGGCUUUGUUCGAUUUAAUGGUCAUGGGAAUGAGCCAAUUGGAUUAUCUUCACGUGAUGAUGUGGCGUCUGUAGAAGGUGUUGUUCCAGGAAAUGAAACUGUUGAAAUUGGUAAAGGUGAAUUUAAUCAUGUGUUAGUUUUAAAGGAGGAAGAAGAGAUCAUGCCUAUAGAAGGUGUUCUUGAAGAGACAAAUGGACGUUCUUCAGAUGAACCAAAGGUAAUGGUUAAGACACUUGAUCAUUCUAUACCUGGUGAUUCAGUUUCAGAAGCAAAUGUAGAGACAUUUUUAGAAGAUGCUGAAGAAUAUUCUCCCAAAGUGCCUCUGGGAAUAAACUCUUUUCUAGUUAAAAGAAAUGAGUAUGAAGAAGUUGGUGAAAAAGAAACGUUGGUUAAUCCUUUUGUGUUGGGUAUAGAGGAUGAGGAGGAUGAUGAAGACAUGUCUAUAGGUGAUGGUGUUCUUGAAGAGCCUUUAGAAGAAAAGAAAAUUGAAACUUCUUCAGAUGAACUACAAGCAACGUUGAAAAUGGUUGAUAAUUCAGUUUUGGAUGCUGAAGAGUCACUUUCUGAAGCGAAUGUAGACACAUCUUUAAAAGAUGCUCAAGGUUCUUUCAAAGAGCCAAUAAGAGAAUCUUCCAUGGAUGAUGUACUUCAUGAUGCUGAUUCAGUUAUGAAGGAGAAUGAAGAUAUGUCAAUGGAAGAUGUUCUUGAAAAGCCAAUUCCACGUUCUUCAGAUGAACCACAACCAAUGAAUAAGAGAGUUGAUCAAGAUCUUUCUACACAAGCUAAGUCAAUUGAAGUGAAUGUAGAUGCAUCCUUUGAAGUUACUCAAGAUUCUUUCAAGGUGCCAUUGGAAGACUCUUCAAUGGAUGAUUUAUCUCAUGUUGAAGCUGGUGAUCAAAGUGAAAGUCAUGGUGAAGAUUUUUUCAAAGAUAAAGGUUAUGAAAGUGCAACAAUGGUUAACCAAGUUGAGUUAGUUAUGGAGGAGAAAGAAGAGAAGUCCAUAGAAGGUGUUCUUGAAGAAUCUUUUGAACAUUCUUCAAAUGAACCAGAGUUAAUUGUUAAGACAGUUAAUCAGUCUAUUCUGAAAGAGGCUCAACAUCCAUCUUUAGCAGAAGAAUCAGAGUCAGUUAUCGAUGUGUUACCAAUUGAAGCCAUGGUUGAAGGUAAUGAAGUUGUUGAAGUUCAUGAAAGUGCAUCUGAAUAUUCUUUGCAAGAACCAAAAGCAAUAAUCAAGACCAUUGCUCAGUUUAUUCUAAAAGGGCUACAUUACAAAGAGGAUCAUGAUCCUUCAGUUCUUGAAGUGAAUGAAGACACAUCCUCUGAAGAUAGUCAAGUUUCUUUUGAAACGCCACUUGGAAGCCCUUCUGUGGACCAUGUCUCCCCUAAUGAAGCCUUUGCUCAAUGGAAUGAGUCAACUGAGUCAAUUGAAGAAAAUGUAGAGUCACGCUUAAAGGAUGCUAAAAACUCUCCCAUUGAUUCAUCAGGAAGCUUUUCUCUAGUUGAUAUGUCUUAUAUGGAAGGCGUUGAAGAAAAUGAAAGUGCUGAAGUUGUGUCAUUUUUGAAGGAUGAUAAAGAGGUUUCUAUGGAAGGUGUUCUUGAAGAAGGUUUUGAAAAGAAAGUUGGAGAUUCUUCACAUGAACAAGAAGCAAUGGUUAACACAAUUGAUAGUGUUGAAGUUGAUGAAAAAGAGGUGUCUAUGGAAGGUGUUCUUGAAGAACAUUUUGAAAAGAAAGAUGGAGAUUUCUUAUAUGAACAAGAAGCAAUGGUUAACACAAUUGAUAGUGUUGAAGCUGUGUCAGUUUUGAAGGAUGAAAAAGAGAUGUCUUUGGAAGGUGUUCUUGAAGAACAAUUGGAAAAGAAAGUUGGAGAUUCUUCACAUGAACAAGAGGAAAUGGUUAACACAAUUGAUAGGUCGCUUCUGCAAGAGAAAGAGGCUGAAGAUCUGUCUACACCAGUUGAGUCAGUUACUGAAGUGAAUGUAGAGACAUCUAUAAAAGAUUCUCAAGAUUCUUUGAAAGAACCAUUGGAAAUCCCCUCUAUGGAUGAUGUGUCGCCUCUUGAAGGCGUAGUUCAAGGAAAUGAAUUUGGUGAAAUUGGUGAAAGUGAAGAGAUCUCCGUAGAAGGUGUUGUUCAAGAUCCUUUAGAAGAGCCAAUUGGAAAUUCUUCUCAAGAGCUAGAGGAAAUUGUAAAGACAGAAGAUCAGUUGGAUUUGAAGGAGAUACCUUUGGAAGAGACUCAAAUUCCUUCUUUACAAGAUGACUCAGUUAUCGAAGUCAUAAAAGAUGUUGAUUCUCUCAAGGAGCCACUAGGAAGCUCUUCAAUUAUGGAAGAUGAUGGUGAUAUGUCCAUGGAAGGUGUUCUUCAAGAUCCUUUCAAAGAGCCAAGUGGAUCUUCUUUACAUGAUCAUUUAACUCUUGAGGAGUUACAUUUGAAAGAAGAGGCUGAAGAUCCUUCUAUACUAUCUGACUCGGUUAUUAAAGUGAAUGUUGAUAAAUCCAUUGAAGAUGCUCAAGAUUUAUAUGAAACGCCACCUGGAAGCCCUUCUGUGGGCCAUGUGUCUCCUGUUGAAGGCUUUGAAGCAAACAUAGAUCACUCUUCCAUGGAGGCAUUGGAAAGCUUUUCUAUGGCUGAUGUGUCUUCUAUGAAAAGCGUUGUUCAAGGAAAUGAAUCUACUGAAGUUGAUGAAAAGUCAUUGGUGUCCAUGGAAGGUGUUAUUAAAGAACCUUUUAAAGAUCCAGUUGGACCUUCUGCAGAUGAACUACAAACAAUGGUGAAGACAGUUGAUCAGUUGUUUCAAGAUCCAUCUCUACAAGGAAAUGUUCAAGAAAAAGAAUUCACUGAAGGCAGUGAAGAUGCAACAAUGGAUAAUCAUGUUGAAUCACUUAAGAAGGAGAAUGAAGACUUGUCCUUAGAAGAUGUUCUUGAAGUACCUUUUGAAAAACCAUUUGGAGAUUUUUCACAUGAGAAAGAAGCAACAGUUAACAUAACUGAUAGGUCACUUCUGAAAGAGAUACCAUUAAAAGAUGCUGAAGAUCCAUUUGAAAAAGUUGAGUCAGCCACUGAAAGUCCCUCUUUGGUUGAUGUGUUUCCUGUUGAAGGAAACAAAUUUAAUAAUGUUAGUGAAACUGCGUGUCAUGAUUCACCAACCAUGGUUAAUCAUGUGGUGUCACUGGAAAGCUCUUCUAUGGUUAAUGGGACUCCUGUUGAAGGUGUUGGUCAACGGAAUGGUCAACGGAAUGAGAUGGUUGGACUAGUAAGGACAUUGUUGGAAGAGAUUCGUCGAAUAAGGGCAUUUUAUGAAGAAGGGUUGCGUCAAACUACCAAAAUAGAUCUCCAGAUGCUUGAAAUUUUGGAAAAGUAUGACUCAACGAGAUAAUUUGAGUUAGUUCUCUUUUGGGCUAAUGUUGUUAUUUUACCUUUUAGUGUCUUUCUUUAAGAUGUUGAUCAGUGUUAUGACUGAUUUAGUUUACUUUGGAAUUGUUUACAGCUGUGAUCUGUUGUGAACUUAAUAAAAACUCAUGACCCU